AUGGAAGACCCAAUUUUUUCUCACUCCGGGGACUACUUGAACAAACUUUUGAAAAGCGAUGAGUAUAGCUCCACUCUGAAACGCUUAGAUGCAGACUUGGGCGAUAUUGACAAAAAGGCUCUCUCUUCUGCCUUUAGUCUUGUUCAAAUCGCGGGGAAGUUGGAUAUGCCAGGUCUUACAGGUGAAGACGGCUAUGUCAACUCUACAGUGCUCAUAUCCCAAGCUUCCAAAGUCUUGAGAACUUUUUUGUGUCUUUCUGCUACAGACAAACACUUCUGCCUUAGAAGCUGCGAAACCCUGUUGACUGCUGAUGUGUUGAAGCCUUUGAUUCAGAGAUCUUUAACAUGUCUCUCUGAAAGAUCUUCCGACAGUGCGACUGCCCUGGAUGUCGGUGUGAUCCUCAUGUUUGCGCUUCACAGUAGGACUUCAUUUGAGUGUUUAUCCCAACUGCUGACAGAUGUCAAUGCUUCCAAGUCUUCUGCGACAGCCUUGGGUCCGCUAAGCGGACUGAGCUAUCUGAAGCAUGAGCAUAAUCUCAGCAACUCCUCCGUUGACAUUUUCAAGCUCAAGUACGCUCACAACCUUGUUAUAUCAUUGGCCCAUGUGCCACAUGAGGAUAUAGUGACAAUUUUAUGUCAUGCUUUUGCGGAUGUUAAGGGUGAUGUUAUGCUCGAAGAACACUUAGCUAUCUACGCGAUGCAAAAGCCAGGAUUCUUAAACCAAUUGGAAGAUCUGUUGAAAUUCGAAUGUCCAGCCAACGUUUCCUUAGCUUUGCAAUACUUUCUCUCUAGGAUCAGCAAUAGGCUCGCAUUGCACUUUGAUCGUUUGCGCUCUACCGAUGCCGUCAACGUUGUUCGUUCCCACAUGGACGCUUCCUUUAAAGCAAUUAUCGGGAGUAACCUAGAUGAAGAUCGCUGGUCUCCAACAUCUGCUAGUAUUGAGGUGUUGACUGAACUGGUCAACCAAAACCUCAGCAUAUCCCUGCUGGAGGAGUCGGCUUUCAUCAACAACCUCCACCUUGCUCUGAAAGUUCUCAACGUCUCUUUGGAGGCAAAUCCCGCCAAUGUGAACAAAUUGUGUGAUCUUAUCGAUGAUCAUGCUCUGACAUUAUCUCUACCCUCCCUGCUCAGCAACUCAAUCUACCUUAUAUGCGUUGGACUUGGACCUCUGGGAUACCCUCUGCUACCUGAACUUGGUGCCCAGUUUGAGUUCUCCAACCCUCCGAUUCCCAAAAAGGACUCAUUGUUCUACCCGGAAUCAGCAUACACCCCGAGCCCAUUUUCGGCCAUGUUUGCUGGAAAGUCAAGUUCCACUGCAAAUGCUACAAGUCUUAUGCAAUGCCUGGCACUGGCCACCGACAUCCAGCAGAAAGUGCUUGAUACUGUGGCAAAAUCAGCAAGCAGCCUUCCCAUUGUCUUCACAUCAGGCAGUAUGCGCUCUGAUGAGUUGGACACAGAUCUGCCUUAUGAUGGCGAGAAAGUAAACGCCUCCCAGCCUGGUUCCGUUUUGGAUGGUUUGAAUCUUCGUCUACUUGGUCUGGAGGUAGAUCAAAACCUAUCUUCGCAGCUUCUUGGUUUGAACGCUCAAACCUAUGCUGCAUCGUUGGGUAGUGAUAACGCAUUUGCAAGAGAUGUUUUGACUAUCUCCAACCGUAUUUGUGAUCACUGUUCCAACGGCCUGCAAAAGCUGUAUCUGGCUUACGAAGAUGUUGCGAUUUUUUGUCUCACUAAAAUGCUGACAGGCUUGAGCGAGUCACAUCCUUCUCUUAUCCCAUUUUGUUCGAAGGUUUUAGCUCAGCUGUUGUCAGCAGUGGACAUGUCCCAGAAUCCGUUGGUCAAGAAUGUACUGAUGAGAUUCAUGAACACAUUUUCCCCGCACCUGCUUGACUCGUCCGAUCCCAGACCAGAAAUGAGUGUUCGCGCCAUGUCAGAUGUCUCCUAUAGUGACCCGGAAGACCUGCCACCACCCAUCACCCCUCUCCAUUUGCUCUCUGAAAUUGCCGGUCCUAACCAACAAAUGGACUACCUGAGAACUCCAUCGGAGGCUCUCAAUCCGUUCAAGGUCGGAGGCCUGUUUUUGGGACCGUCGCCAAUAUGGGGAGCAAACAACUCCGAUGGAGCAAAUGCUCCGUCAUUCAUUCUGCAGAACGAGACACCAACGUCGCUCGGCUCGAUCUGGGGCUGA